AUGGCUUCAGAAGCAGCAUCUCAAGUCUCUGCCGGGGCCCUUAGUGCCAUAUUUGAUGAAACAAAACCUCAAAUUCGGGAGCCUAUUGUCCAGUGUGUUCAAAUUAAGCCGUUGCCGCCACAACAGAAUCAUCAGGAACGUUACCGGGCUGUAUUCAGCGAUAUCUCAAACUAUGUCCAGACGAUGCUUGCGACUCAAUUGAAUCCGGUGGUCUCCAGUGGGUUGUUACGGAAAGGGUGCUUUGUUCGGUUGAAGUCGUUUCAAGCGAACUCGGUCAAGGGGAAAAAGAUUCUCAUAAUCCUGGACCUGGAAGUAUUGCAGGAACUGGGCGAGGCUGAUAAGAUUGGUGAACCAAAACCACUCGAGAAUAAGACAGAUGAGGACGAAAGGCCCCAGCCCACUACAAUUUCCAGUAAUGGCUUCUAUGGCUCGAAGAUCCCAGGUGCACAGAUACAGGCGAAUACCCGAGUACAGUCAACACGACCUGUUUUGGCCGCAGCACAUGCUACCAUAUAUCCGAUUGAGGCAAUUUCCCCAUAUUCCCAUAAAUGGACGAUUAAAGCACGCUGCACAAGCAAGACAAAUAUCAAGACCUGGCACAAUAGAAACACGGAAGGGCGACUUUUUAGUGUGAAUUUGCUGGAUGAUAGCGGUGAAAUUCGUGCCACCGGAUUCAAUGAUCAAUGCGAUAUGUUGUACGACAUCUUCCAGGAAGGUAGUGUAUACUACGUCUCCAACUGUCGCGUCCAGAUUGCCAAAAAGCAGUUCACGAACCUGAACAACGAUUAUGAACUUACCUUUGAACGGGAUACUGUCGUUGAAAAGGCAGAGGAUCAGAGUGAUGUUCCCCAGGUUCGAUUCAAUUUCACUACUAUCGGUGAUCUUCAGUCCGUUGAGAAGGAUACAACCAUCGAUUUGAUAGGCGUACUGAAAGAGGCUAUGGAGGUUUCGCAAAUCGUAUCCAAAACUACGAACAAGCCCUAUAACAAGCGUGAGCUGACUUUAGUUGACAAUACCGGGUUCUCCGUUCGUUUGACCGUCUGGGGUGCUACAGCUUUGAAUUUCAAUGCGUUGCCCGAGUCAGUAAUAGCGUUCAAAGGUGUGAAGGUUUCCGACUUUGGUGGGCGAAGCUUGAGUUUGCUGAGUUCAGGCUCAAUGGCCGUUGACCCUGAUAUUGAAGAAGCACACAAGCUCAAGGGGUGGUACGAUGCACAAGGCCGGGAUGAGAAUUUUUCUUCGCACGCUUCUUUAUUGGGGACAGCAACAUCCACUAUGAAAUCCGAUCGAUUCAAGACAAUCGCCCAGAUCAGAGAGGAGCAGUUGGGAAUGUCGGAGGAAGCAGUUUACUUUUCGCUGAAGGCAACCGUCAUCUAUAUAAAGCAGGACAACAUGUCUUACCCUGCUUGCCUUUCAGAGGGUUGCAACAAAAAAGUAACGGAGCUUGAUCCUGGCCAGUGGCGCUGCGAACGCUGCGAUAAGACUCACGCCCGACCAGAAUACCGCUAUAUCAUGCAUGUCAAUGUUAGCGAUCAUACGGGCCAACUCUGGCUAAGCUGCUUUGACGAUGUGGGCAGGUCAAUGAUGGGCACCUCAGCAAAUCAAUUGAUGGAGCUGCUACAAACGGAUGAGAAAGCGGCCGGGGAUGUAUUCCAAGAUGCUAAUUGCCGGACUUGGAAUUUCAGAUGCCGUGCCAAAAUAGACCACUUCGGCGAACAACAACGUAUUCGCUACCAGAUAUCAUCAGCAAGACCGAUAAACUACUCUGAAGAGGCUUCGCGCCUCGCCGAUGUGAUUGAAUCCUAUACCGUGUCUUGA